CUCGAAGCGUCGGUGUCAAACAUGGCUGUGCUUGUGGGGAAAGAAAAAUGCUGAAUUGUGCUGGAGGAAUUGGCGAAAAAAACAGGAAAACAUGGCUAGGCUGGCUGAUUAUUUCAUCAUCGUUGGAUACGACCAUGAGAAAACAGGUUCAGGGGAUGGAUGCGGCAAAAUCAUCCAGCGCUUCCCAAAAAAGGACUGGGAUGGCACGCCGUUCCCUCAGGGUGUGGAGAUGUUUAGUCAGCCAGGAGGAUGGAGACUGUCUCGUGAAAGGAAGCCUCCGACGUUCUUUACAGUGGUGCUGACAGACAUCGAUUCGGACCGACACUACUGCUCCUGUCUGACCUUUUACGAGGCUGAGGUCAACCUGCAGGGCACUAAGACGCUACAGGGCGACGGAGACGAAGAUGAGGAAGAGGAUGGUCUGAUCCAGCCAGCUCAAGCGUUUGCACCAAAAAGUCUAAUUCUGGUCUCCAGAUUAGAUUUUCCAGAAAUAUUCAGGGGCUGUUUGGGGCUGAUCUACACCGUUUACAUCGACACUCUGAACUUCCCUCUGGAGAGCCUCGUGGCGAACCUCCUGACAUGCACCGUGCCUAUAGCCGGAGGCUCCCAGAAGCUCUUUUCUCUCGGAGCCGGAGACCGACAGCUGAUACAGACUCCACUAAAUGACGACCUGCCUGUUUCCAAUAAAAGUGUUGCGCUCCUCUUCCAGCAGCUAGGCAUCCAGAACGUCCUGAGUCUGUUCUGUGCCGUUCUGACCGAGCACAAGGUUCUGUUCCACUCCACCAGCUACCAGAGGCUCGGCGAGGCCUGCAGAGCCUUAGUGGCCCUGAUGUUUCCUCUCAAGUACAGCUACCCGUACAUUCCCAUCCUCCCGUCUGGGCUGCUGGAGGUCCUCAGUUCGCCCACGCCCUUCAUCAUCGGGGUGCACUCCAUGUUCCAGAGUGAAAUUCAGGAGCUGCUUGACGUGAUCAUCGCUGACCUGGACGGAGGGACGAUAAAAAUCCCAGAGUGUAUCCAUCUGUCUCAGCUCCCCGAGCCUCUUUUACACACCACACACAGCUCGCUAUCUAUGGUUUUGCACCCAGAUCUGGAGAUAGCCGAUAACGCUUUCCCUCCUCCACGCUCCGCUCCGUCCAACCUCAAACUGCUGGAUAAGGAGGUGAGAGCGGUCUUCCUGCGCUUGUUUGCACAACUGUUUCAGGGCUACAGGUCCUGUCUGCAGCUCAUCCGCAUCCACGCCGAACCCGUGAUUCACUUUCACAAGACGGCCUUCCUGGGCCAGCGUGGCCUCCUCGAGAACGAUUUCCUGCCGAAGGUGUUAGACGGCAUGGCCUUCGCCGGGUUCGUGUCGGAGAGAGGGCCUCCGUACAGAGCCUGCGACCUUUUUGACGAGUUGGUAGCUUACGACAUGGCGUACUUCAAAGAGGAAGAGGAGAACCAGGGCAAACUUCAGAAGCACAUGAGAGAGCUCUCGGAGCAGCUUUACCGCAACGAAAAUCCCAACCCUCACAUGGCCUUCCAGAAGGUACCUCGGCCCAGCGAGGGAUCUCACCUCCGGGUGCACGUGGUGCCCUUCCCCCUGAUAGACGACGAAAAGGUCGGGGAGCUCACGGAGGAAGGUCUGGCCAAGCAAAACCUCGCCAACAUCAGUACGCGAGCUGAGAAGAAGAAGUGCGUGGUGCCUGCCGGUCCCCCUGUGGUGUCAAUCACAGGGAAAGUCAACUCUGUGUUUAACAGCGCCCGGCGCCUGGAGGUGGUGCGAAGCUGCAUCGGGUUCAUCUUCGACAACAAGACGCUGGAGACUGAGAAGGCUCUCCCCGCAGCCCUGCGCGCCCUGAAAGGCAAAGCAGCCCGACAGUGCCUGACCGAGGAGCUCAGCCUGCACGUGCAGCUCAACCGCGCCAUCCUGGACCACCAGCAGUUCGACCACAUAGUGCGCCUGAUGAACUGCGCCCUUCAGGACUGCUCGAAUUCUGAAGAGUAUACGGUGGCUGCAGCUUUGCUUCCUCUGACCACGGCUUUUUAUCGGAAAUUGGCCCCAGGGGUGAACCAGUUUGCCUACACCUGCGUGCAAGAGCACCCCAUCUGGACCAGUCAGCAGUUCUGGGAGACCACUUUCUACUCCGAGGUGCAGAACCAGAUUCGGGACCUGUACCUCAACACCCCCGAGGAGAAGCCCCUCAUUACAGCCAGACUCAGGGAUCCCGUGUCCUCAUCAGCUCCGUCCUCCAGCCGCUCCGAGCGCACCGCCAUGGAUCUGGCGGCCGAGCAGCUCCGCACGUGGCCGAACCUCAGCAAGGAGAAGCAGCUGGAGCUGAUAAAGAGCGAAGAGAGCACGGUGUUCAGCCAGGCCAUCCACUACGCCAGCCUUAUGGUCUAUCUGCUCGUGCCUCUGGACGCCAGCAAGAACAAGCUCCUCCGCACGACUGCACCGGGCGCCGACUGGGAGAGCGGCAGCAACAGCAUCGUCACCAACAGCAUCGCCGGCAGCGUCGCAGAAAGCUUCGACACCGAGAGCGGAUUCGAAGACUCUGAGAACAGCGACAUCGCAAACUCUGUGGUGAGGUUCAUCGCUCGGUUCAUCGACAAGGUCUGCACCGAGAGCGGAGUCACCCAGGACCACAUCAAGAACCUGCACAGCAUGAUUCCAGGCAUUGUGGCUAUCCAAAUGGAAACUCUGGAAGCUGUACAUCGGGAAAGCAGAAGGCUUCCACCCAUCCAGAAGCCAAAGAUCCUCCGUCCCACGAUGCUCCCCGGGGAGGAGUUAGUAGGCGAGGGCCUGCGGGUGGUCCUGGACCCCGACGGACGCGAGGACGCGACGGGCGGACUGCUAGGAGGCCCUCACAUGCUCCCGGCGGAGGGAGCGCUCUUUCUUACCACCUACCGCAUCAUUUUCAAAGGCGCUCCCCAUGAUCCUUUAGUCGGCGAGCAGCCUGUGAUUAGAAGUUUUCCAGUGUCCACGUUGACUAAAGACAAAAAGAUCACAAUUCAGAACCAGCUCCAGCAGAACAUGCAAGAGGGCCUGCAGCUCAGAUCUGCCUCCUUCCAGCUGAUCAAAGUGGCGUUCGAUGAAGAGGUGACCUCCGAAAUGGUGGAGAUCUUCAGGAAGCACCUGCAGAGGAUCCGUUACCCACAAUCCAUCUUCAGCACGUUCGCCUUCGCGGCUGGACAGACCGCGCCGCAGCUCCUCCUGCCCAAGCAGAAGGAGAGGAACACGGGUUUACGCACGCUCUCCAAAACCAUCGUAAAAGGAGCGAGGAGAGUCACCAUCACUAUGGGUCGUCAGUCCACGAUCCAGAAGAAGAACGAAAAAGGCUCGCGCAUGACCUGGAACGAGGAUGACGACAUCUCAGUAUCGGAUGAUGGCGAGCCGCCCUCCAACAGCACUCUGAAGGCCUCGGACAAGUCCACCAUGGAGCAGCUGGUGGAGCGCGCCUGCUUCCGGGAUUACCAGAGACUGGGUCUGGGCACCAUCACCGCCAGCUCCUCACGCUCCAAAAGCGGAGAGCAGUUCCGCGUGACGGCCGUCAACAGACUCUACUCGCUCUGUCGCAGUUACCCCGGGCUGCUGGUGGUGCCCCAGUCAGUGCAGGACAGCAGUCUGCAGAAAGUCGCUCGCUGCUACAGACACAACCGGCUUCCUGUCGUGAGCUGGAAACAUCCUCGCACCAAAGCCGUGCUGCUGCGCGCCGGAGGGUUCCACGGAAAAAGCGUAGUGGGACUGUUCAAAUCACAAAACCCCUCCACGACAGCUCCCGUCUCUUCAUCCGAGUCGUCCAGUAGUCUGGAACAGGAGAAGUACCUGCAGGCCAUCCUCAGCUCAAUCCCCAUCUACUUCAAAUCCAACGGCAGCAACACACUCUCCAACCGCUCCCUCAUCGGCUUUUCUCCAGCAACUGAAAGAAGGACCUCGAGAAUGACAAAGAUGGUUCCUGUCCACUUGGAUAUUUCUUUCUCCAACAGUUUUACCAGAGGAGUACUUGGAUACAAGGACAAACUUUUCACUCACACAAACCAAGCUAAAGGGAGACUCCAAAAUCAAGGCGUGUGGGCGAGUCUGCGCUCCAGCAACAGGUUCAGCCAGCACCUCUCACCGGCCGACGUAGGGUCACGGCUGGCGGGCAAAGAUCUGACGUCCCCUGCAGGUAGCGAAAGCCUCCAGACGCAGCUCCUCAAGCACCAAGCGGCUCUCUACAUCUUUGGAGAAAAGUCUCACCUCAGGGGCUUUAAACAAGACUCCAUGCUAAACUGUGAGCUGGUGCCGGUGGAGUUUGCGGACACGCGGCAGACCAAGGCCUCCUUCAAAAAACUGCUGAGGGCGUGCGCUCCCAGUGCCACGUCUACCGACCCGAACGAAUCGUUCCUGAAAGCACUGGAGGAGAGCGAAUGGAUGCUGCAGCUGCACAAGCUGCUCCAGCUGGCCCUCAUCCUGGUGGAGCUGUUGGACAGCGGAUCCUCAGCGUUGCUGAGUCUGGAGGACGGCUGGGACAUCACGACACAGGUGGUGUCUCUGGUGCAGCUGCUUAGUGACCCGUUCUACCGGACGUUGGAGGGCUUCCAGGUCCUGGUGGAGAAGGAAUGGCUGUCGUUCGGACACAAGUUCAGCCAGCGCAGCAACCUGACCCCAAGCAGCCAGGGCAGUGGCUUUGCACCCGUCUUCCUGCAGUUCCUCGACUGCGUGCACCAGGUUCAUAACCAGUACCCGUUGGAAUUCGAGUUUAAUCAGUACUAUCUGAAGUUUCUGGCGUACCACUACGUCUCCAAUCGCUUCAAGAACUUCCUCUUGGACUCGGACUACGAGCGGCUCGAGCACGGCACAUUGUUUGAGGAUAAAGGAGACAAGCAGGCCAAGAGAGGAAUCUGUAUCUGGGAGUAUAUAAACCGAAUGCACCGCAGGAGUCCAAUCUUUUUCAACUAUCUGUACAACCCUUCAGAGGCAGAGUCCGUCUUAAAGCCGUCGAUCUCCAUCCCCAACCUGACCAAAUGGGAGUUUUACACGGCCGAGACCCUGUCCACCGGACCCUCGUAUGACUGGAGGAUGCUUGCCGUGUCCACAGAGAGCUCGGAGGAACCGGAUACAAUCCCCACCAGCAAGAGGAGGAUCGUCUGGCCCUGCUACGGCAGCGUAGCCCGCGCCCAGCCUGACGCCAUAACCAAACUACUGGCUGAUAUUGAGAGACUCGAGGGAGAGCUCGGUCAGGUUCCCGAGCGAUGGCAUGCUACUCUAGAGAAAGUGCGAGCCAGUGUACAGGAGGACCUCAAACAAGAGGGCAAUCUACGAAAACAGUCCGUGUCCGUCUCAGGCUUGAUCCCUACCUCUAGCCUGCAGGCAUAUCAGCGCCAUUCCAUGCUACACCUCCCCGACAGCGGCCUGGGAGAGGACAGCAGCCCCAGCACGGCCAACGGCAUGAGUCGCCGAGCUGCAACACUCUAUAAUCAGUUUACACCCAAGAACGAUGAGAACAGGUCAUUUGAAGGCGUCCUGUAUAAAAGAGGUGCAUUACUUAAAGCCUGGAAGCGUCGAUGGUUCGUCCUGGACAUAACAAAACAUCAGCUGCGGUAUUACGAUACGGAUGAAGACGUCAGCUCCCGCGGCCACAUUGACCUGGCUGAGGUGGAGUCAGUCAUAAUCGCCAACCCGACCAUCGGAGCUCCCAAAUACAUCAGUGAGAAGGCCUUCUUCGACCUUAAGACGACUAAGCGGGUGUAUAACUUCUGUGCGGAGAACGCUCAGAGCGCGCAGCAGUGGAUGGAUAAGAUCCAGAGCUGCAUCUCGGACGCUUGACGGGCCGACGACCGACAUCUUCCACCUUCACCCUCCACCGUCUCCUUCCCUGCAGGGAGACUCACUGUGCCGUUAGUAGGAGCAUAGCGAAGCCCUCAGUGCCUGAAGAGCAGAGCGAGAUACAAGAGGAACACGCUCUCCCUUUAUCACUACAAAGUGUGCACUCAGGCUGCAGAGUCACUGCCACACUAAUCCUCCACGGAACUGUCCCGAUUCCCAUCAAGAUGGGUCUGUUUUUUUUGGGUUUUUUUCCGCCUGAACACUCCUGAACUCAUCAGUCUUACAAAGCAGUCGCACUAAAACUUGCGAGUGGAAUUAACACGUGAAUAUCGCGUCCGUUAGGAGAGGAUUUUGCUGCUUAAAUUGCAGAAGGAGCGCGAAAGACGAGCGAUGCAUCAUUUUCUAAGAUGCACAAUUAUAACAAAGCAGUUUAUUUGCACUUACUUCUUUGAUAUGCACUCCUUAAAUAUAUAUAGGUCGUUUAAGCAAAUAUAAGGCGUGAUAAAAAGCAUUACUUUAUGUACAAAAACAUCCGUUUAUACAUGCAUACACUACAGAAAAAAUACUUUGCACACUAAAACAUGAAUAUCCACUUUUCUAUUUAAGUCGUUGAUGUUUUAUGUGAUGAUUUUUAAUACAUGAAUGUGUCUCCAUGCAUAACAGGUCAGUUUGUGAUUUUUGUGUAAAUUAUUAUUUGUGUUAUUUUUAAGCUUUUAAAGUGUAACUUCUGUAUAUUCAUGGAUGUUGUAUUGAUUUUUGUGAUGAAAAUGCCCCAGCUUACAUUAUUCUAACAUUUAACUGACACGAAGCCACGUAUUCCUAACUUUUUUUUUUUUUUUUUUACCGUUUUAUUAGACAUACAGUACUGACCAAGAAAAGUGCUUCCUCAAUGUCGGCUUUUUAAUUAUUUUUUUUAUAUAAGACAUGAACGGACACAAUUUCUCACUCGAUGUCUUAGUCCUGGCUCCGUGCCGAGCUCUGUGUAUGCAGAAUCUGUGCACCACUACACCGUUCGAAAGGGUCGGGUUUGAUUUGUACACUGCUAAGAAACAAAACUGAAAAAAGUUUGCUCAGACUUGACAGGUGUCUGUUUCUGCAUUUGAAAAACGACGCCGCUAAGCUCAUGUACAAUGUUUUUUGUGACGCCACUGAUGGUUCUAUUCAGCUACCCUUUUUUUUUUUUUGGAAAUAAAUGAAAUUACUUGAAUGUAAUUCCUAACACAGCGAAAAUGUAGUUGUGCAUCAUAAUGUUACUUACAUUUAACAUUUAACAAGUUUGACAUUUUUUACUUGCCGUCCAGGUGAGAAUGUUCUUCUUCAAGUGGAAUCGAAUGCAAUACGGCUGUACAGUAAAUGCUCGCUACGCAGGGCAGGUAAGGCUGUCGCAGUGCACUACGUACCCAACAUGACACCAUUUGUAAAUUUAGCCAUCAAGUUUCUUAGUUAGAUAAAGUUUAAGAUGAAUAUUUAUAAUAUUUGCAGCUGUUUGUGUCCUCAUGCUGCCUUUAAAACAUUCAGUAGUUCGCACAAUAAAAAAGAAAUACUAAAAUAGCAUUAAAUUACAGAAUUUUUUUCGCACUUUGUAAAUGUCAAAUAGUCAUUUACUGUAUCAGUUGUACACAUCACUACUCCUGGACAGAAAUGCCUCUUUCUUUCAUGGGUAAGUAUUCUGUAAUGCGGAGGGAGAAAAAAAAACAUGGCCUUGAUCAAGUGUGUACAUAGUUCUAGGUUUGGAUUAGUAACCAUACAGAGUUUUAAUGUCUGUAAAUAAGUCACUGUUUUCUAGACUUGAUAAUAAAUAAUCCACUGGACCAAAUGCCAAUUAUGUUCAAGUUAAAAGUUUAUUUCUAUUAUAUCUCUGAUCUCCAUAAGAAGUAACAAACUGGCCAUUUCAAUCCUGUAUUUCCAGCCUAAUUUUCUGUGGAAACUGUCUCCGCAAUUCCUGGCCAUCACUGUACAAAGCACUGCGGUUAUGUGCUUGUUUUUUUUUUUUCAUCUGUAUUAAUUUAUUAGGCUGCUUCGUUGCAGUAAACUUUCCCAUGCAGCAUUAAGACUACUGCAUAUUUCACAUAGGACGUGUAAAGUGAGCUACUUGUUCAGAACAAGAAAUAAAACUUCUUCUUAAUCUCUUGUAAUAAUUAUACGUGACCUCCGGUGACUGAGCCCACCCUGCAGGCCAUUUCUAUCCUGCCUUGAUUUAUUACACUGGUAACAAGUGUUUAUUUCUCACUGAAAAGUCUGAGCAUCCUCGUGCUAAAAGUGUUCCAUCACUAGGAUUAUUUACGGCCGAGUACAAAGAUUUAAUUCGCAGUGAGGGGACAUUUUUAAGUUUCAUUUUUUAUGUUUUACAGAUACUCCAUUAUGAGCAUAAGCUUUUUUUAAACAGACCAUUCAACCUUGUUCCUGUUGUAGACACACAAAAAAAUAGUCAAACAUUGUAUUUUCUUUUUCUAACUGUGACACAAAAACCACAGAUAAGAAAAAUGGCACUGUUUAAUUCCCCUUUCUGAUUGGUUAGAUGUUGUCAGUUAAUUUUCGGUCAAUUAGCAGUCUGUAGUGGCGUCUCAAAAAAAAAAAAGUAACGUGCUCUAAAAUGUUAUUGUUGCACAAAGACUUUGAAAGU